GAGUUGAGUACUUCAUGUUGAAGUGAUAGAAAGGGUAACUUAUAUCUUCUUAAUGAUUCUAGAAGUUCGUGAGUAAUGAUAUCGCAAGAUAUCGUCAAUAAAAACGACUUGAUUGAUACGAACGAAGAAUAAUUCGGAUAAGAGCCAGCAAAAUGUCGUCUGCAACGGACGAAGUGGAGAAGCACAAGAGUCACAGGGGACGUAAUGCGGGACGCAAGGCAGAGAAGAAGAAGGCCAAGAAGGGACACGCUCAGGAACUGACGGACAGGCAGAAGAAUCCGAAGGCUUUCACGUUCCAUUCUGUGGUGAAAGCUGAGAGACAAUUCAGGCGCAAGCAGGACAUCGAGACAAAGAAGCAGCAUAUACCCUUAGUCGACAGAACACCCUUAGAACCACCACCGAUCCUGGUGGCUAUAGUGGGUCCACCGAAGGUGGGAAAGUCCCUGCUCGUUCAGUGCUUAAUCAAGAGCUAUGUAAAACAGCCUUUGGCCAACAUACUCGGUCCAGUCACCGUAGUAUCCGGCAAGAAGCAACGAAUUACCUUCAUGGAAUGCAACAAUGACAUCAACAGCAUGAUAGACAUCGCCAAGGUGGCGGAUCUGGUGUUGCUGCUGGUGGAUGCAUCCUUUGGAUUCGAGAUGGAGAUAUUUGAAUUCCUGAAUAUAUGUCAAGUACACGGUAUGCCUAGGAUAAUGGGAGUGCUCACUCACUUGGACCUGAUCAAAAAUGCCAAGCAAAUGAGGAGGACCAAGAAGACGCUGAAGCAUCGCUUCUGGAUAGAGGUGUUCACCGGCGCGAAACUUUUUUAUCUCUCGGGGCUGGUGCACGACGAAUACCUGCGCACGGAAAUUAAGAAUCUGGCGCGUUUCAUAUCAGUCAUAAAGUUCAGGCCAUUGACUUGGCGCACUACUCAUCCUUAUAUUCUCGCCGAUAGAGUGGAGGACUUGACAUCGCCGGAAUUAAUCAGGCAGAAUCCAAAGAUCGACAGGACAAUAAGUUUAUAUGGAUAUAUCCGAGGGAUUCCUUUAAAUAAAGAGACGUCCGUGCACAUACCCGGCUGCGGCGACAUGAGGAUCAAGGACUUGAGCUUCCUGCCGGAUCCCUGCCCCCUGCCGGAGCAGAUCAAGAAGCGCGCUUUGGUGGAGAAGGAACGGCUGAUCUACGCGCCAUUUUCCGGCGUAGGUGGGAUAGUCUACGACAAGGACGCUGUUUACGUGGAGACGGGCGGCAGUCAUUUCCACAAGCACGAGGAUACCGGAUUGGCUAACGCGUUAAUGGACACGCAGGAGACGCUCGACCAGAAACUGCAGCGUAGCGAGUUGCAGUUGUUCAGCGACGCUGCGCCGAUCAAGUCUCAUGAUGUGAGCGAAACCAUGGCGCCUUACACGGGCGAAUUAGUGACGGAGAAUGGGAGAGUUCGUCGGAAAGUGGUAUUUGAAGACGAAGAAUCCCGGGAUGAUCUAGGCGAGGAUGCCGAUCGGGUUAAAGAAGGAAACGAAGGUAACAGCGAUGAUGACGAUGAUGACGAUGAUGAUGACGACGACAAUGAUGCAGGGAGUGAAUCGAGCGAUGGGGAUACCGUGGAACUUAAUGAAAAGGGCACUAAGAGGAAAAGAAGCGGAGAAGACGAUAGAAGGCGGAGCAAAACGAAGAAAAUGGUUAAUGCGGCAAAGGAAGGUAACGAUAUGGAUCUUGACGAAACUGGAGUAAUGAAGGAUGAGGGGAAUGAAGUUGCCCAAGGGAAGACAGGAGUGUAUCAUUCUCUGAGCAAGGAGUCGGACAUGCUGAUCAAGAAUAAGAUCUCGAAGGCGCUGAGUUGCCUCGACGCAGCCGAGAAAAGUGCAGAACGCGACGGCGACGAUGAAAGUUUCGACGAGCUUAGCGACGAAGACUCACGCACAGGAUUAGAGAUGGACGAUUUAGAUCACAUCAGCGAAUUCAAAGGGGAAGGGUCUGAAGAUGAGCAGGAAGACGAAGAUGAUGAAGAAGAAGAGGAGGAGGACGUGAGAGAGAAGAAAGAAGAUGUUGAGGCGGACGAGAGCGAGGAGGAAGUCGCAGACGAGCUGAAAUGGAAGGCGAACUUAGCCGAGAAGGCGAAAGAAGCGUUCAUUAAUCGCCAGCAGAACAAUAAGAACUUAAUGAAGCUGGUCUACGACGUGCUGGAUAAGAACAACUUGUCGGAGACGAAGAAGGAAGAGAAAGAGGACGACCAGGCCGGAGAAGACGUAGGCGUGAUACUGCGAGCCGUUCAAGAAAAACAGAAGCGGAAGAUUCAAGAGCGGGAAUUGCAGAAUCAAGAAGAGUCGGUCUUCUUCACGACGGAGAAGCCGCGCGACUGGCUGGAGGAGGUGAACAAGGCGCUGCUGGCCGACCGUUUCGUGACGGGCAAGUGGAAGGAGUCGGAGGACGCCGAGGAGCUUCUAAAGCUAGACGACAUGGUGGACGAGGGGGAGGAAAUGGGCGACUUCGAGGACUUGGAGACCGGGGAGAAGCAUGAAGGUGCUCGGCCGGCGGCGCCCGAGGACGAGAAGAGGAAGCUGUUGGAGAAGAAGAGGAAGCUGAAGCAACAAUUCGACGCGGAGUACGAUUCGGGGACGAAGACGUAUUACGAGCAGCUGAAGGCCGAGGUGGAGAGGCAAGCUGACAUCAACAGGUCGGAGUUCGAAGGCUUGGACGACGACUUGAGGGUGCAGCUGGAGGGCUACCGGCCCGGGAUGUACGUGCGUUUGGAGAUCGAGACGGUGCCGUGCGAGCUGAUCACGCACCUCGACCCGACUUACCCGCUCAUCGUCGGCGGGCUGCUGCACGGCGAGGAGAACAUCGGCUACGUGCAGGCGCGCAUCAAGAAGCACCGCUGGUACACGCGUAUCCUCAAGAGUCGCGACCCGCUCAUUUUUUCCGUCGGCUGGCGGCGCUUCCAGUCGCUGCCGAUUUACUCCAAGCUGGAGGACAACCUGCGCUAUAGGAUGCUCAAGUACACGCCGGAACACGUGGCCUGCAUGAGCCAGCUGUGGGGCCCGGUCACGCCGCAGGGCACCGGGGUGUUGGCGGUGCAGGACGUCGCCAGCAGGGGGCCGGGCUUCCGCAUCGCGGCGACCGGCUCGGUCGUCGAGAUCGACAAGAGCGUGCAGGUGGUGAAGAAGCUCAAGCUCACCGGCGUGCCUAUGAAGAUCUACCGCAAGACCGCGUACAUCAAGGACAUGUUCAACAGCUCGCUCGAGGUCGCCAAGUUCGAAGGCGCCAGGAUCAAGACGGUGUCGGGGAUUCGCGGGCAGAUCAAGAAGGUGGUCGCCAAGCCGGAGGGCUGCUUCCGCGCCACCUUCGAGGACAAGAUCCUGCUGAGCGACAUAGUGUUCUGCCGCACGUGGUACAAGGUCGACGUGCCGCGUUUCUACAACCCGGUGACGUCGCUGCUGCUGCCGCCGGCGGAGAAGAACCAUUGGCGAGGCAUGAAGACCGCCGGGCAAUUGAAGAGGGAGAAGAACAUUCGCGCCGAGGCCAACCGAGAUUCCAUGUACACGCAGAUCGAGCGAGACGUCCGGGUGUUCAGGCCGCUCUACGUCCCGCGGAAGUUGCAGAAGGAGCUGCCUUACAGAGACAAGCCGAAGGAAGAGCAGCUGCCCAAUCGCAACCCCAAGUUCGGCCGAGGCAGGGUCGUCGUAGUGCGCGAGCCCGAGGAACGAAAGGUCGCCAAGCUCAUGAGGAUGAUCAGGGCGACCUACGCGCGCAAACAGCAGCAGAACAAGGAGGCGAUGACGAAAAGGAUCACGGAAUAUCAAGCGCGAGUCGCCGCGGAGGAAGUCAAGAAGAUGAGGAAGCAGAGGGAAGUUAAGAAGGAGAUCUUCAGGGAUCUCUCCAAAUUGGAGAAGAAGAGGCAGAAACGGUGAGGACCCGAAGAAGAGGUCUCGAAGAAAGUGUACA